UCCGACGCGAGCUCGCUGACGGAGGAAGACGACGACCCGUAUGCCCGUGCCCAGCCUCAGAGUUUCGGCGGCGAGGACGACGACGACGGGACGUAUCCGAGCCAGGACGAGCCGCUCGUGCCUGGUCUGUACCAUGCCCUGUUUGCGUUCGAGCCAGAGGGAACCGCGGAGAUGGCGCUCGAGGAGGAGCAGGUGGUCAGAGUUGUAGCGAGAGGAGGCGGGGCCGGGUGGGCCGUGGUUGUGCGCGAUGAAGGCGGCCAUGCGCUCAUCCCCGAGAGUGAUCUGGAGCUGGUACAGGCGGACCCGGUUGCGGCUGGUGCAUAG